AUGACCACUCGCUCUCCAACACGUACUAAUACACAUACACAAAAUUCAACACAUUCACAAUCUAAUUCAAUAACUACAAAUAACAAUUUAAACUCAAAUUUGACUAGUAAUCAUCCGAUCGAUAGAAUACCCCAAAUUGAUUUAGACAUAUGUGCUUCCUCUGUUAAACUCCCUCAAUUCUGGACCAAUUGUCCAGAUGCAUGGUUUGUUCACGCCGAAAUGCAAUUUGCAACCAAAGGCAUUACUACAGACCAAACCAAAUAUGAAUAUAUUAUAACUGCUUUACCACAAGAAGUUAUAAUAAAAGUGUUAGACAUAAUUCAAAAUCCAACUACAAAUGAUCGGUAUCUUAAUCUUAAAAAGGUGUUAAUUGAACGUCACUCCCUAAGUGAAACUUCUAAAUUAGACAAAAUACUCUCUGAUAGUGAUAUGGGAGAUAGAAAACCAUCGGAAUAUUAUAGAUCGUUAGCCCUUCUUGCUGGUUCUAAUUUUAGCCCAGAUGUUUUAACAAAACUUUGGCUACGUAAACUUCCAAAGUCUCUAAAUGUUGCUUUAACUGGAUCUAAUAUUAAUGAUCAUAACGAAUUAAUUCAAUUAGCUGAUAGAUUGUGGGAAGUUAUUUACAACGGAGAAAUAUGUAGUGUUAGACAAUCUUCUAGAUCUUCCAAUAUUGAACAAAUCGUACAAAAUUUAACUGCUUCUUUAUGUGAAAAUAUAAGUAAAUUGACACUAGAAGUUAGUUCUCUUAAAAGAGAAAUAGGAACCCGGGCUUCACGUCCUUUUUAUAGAAGAUAUAGCAGAAGUUCUUCACGCUCUCGUGGUCGUUCACCAAAUAGGAACUGGUUAUGUCGUUUUCACUACAAGUUUGGUAAUCAAGCUAGAAAGUGCGAACAACCAUGUUCAUUUUCUAAUGAAAGUUCAACAAACUAA